AUGCUGCCCCUCGGCCUUCUGAAUGCGGCGCAAGGCCAGCCCAUGCUUGUCGAGCUCAAAAACGGCGAGACGCUCAACGGACACCUCGUACUAUGCGACACGUGGAUGAACCUGACGAUGCGCGAGGUGGUGCAGACCAGUCCAGAGGGCGAUAAGUUCGUGCGGCUACCCGAGGUUUAUGUGAAGGGGAACAAUAUCAAAGCCAGCAAGGUGGCUAUCGCGGAGGACGUGGUGGGCAAGGGAGAGGAGACCACGGUGGUAGAGGUGGAGAUAGGGCCCGCGGGGGAAGAGGAAGGGGAGGCGGAAGGGGCGGGAGAGCUUGGCACAAGCGGCUUCACAUCAAAGACAACCAGGGGACUGAGGCGAGUUGAGGCUAUGGAACGAUGGCGCAGAUACGAGUCGGUUGUGAGCUCGGGUUUAUUCAUGGAGCAUGAACUCCGGUACCAUGUUGUUAAGGAGUGGCUGGGCAAUGACAUUCACGCCCGCAGAGUAAUUCGGAUAAAUAUGGUAUUUGGCGACAAUGUUUCGACCACGGUGGGUGGUCCACUACCUUCGGUUUUCUGCCAGCAGAAUCUAACGUUAUCGCCUUACUCCAUGUGCGCCAUCACGAAUCACACAGCGGCUUUCAAAUAUUGGGUGCUGGGGAAUGUGAGGCAGAGCCCAAGACCAAAACCUCAACAGAGAGUGACUCCCUUUGUCCUACGCCAACCGACCUCCGGUACCACGCCAGCCAUAUACGAGGUGUUGCGCCUCCUCCGUGGCCAGCCUGGUCAGGCUGCCGAGCUACGGCAUCUGGUCAAGUACCUCAUCGAGGAGCGCGGCGAGCGGCCGAAUGUGUUUCUGUACGAGGCGCUGCUCGUGGCCAACUGGGACACCACAUCCGGCUCGGCUGCCGAGUUGAGAGAGAUGUUGCUUGAGAUGAGCGAGGCAGGGAUAGAGUCGUCGCCGGGGUUUUAUCAUAGUGCUUUGCAGUUGCUUGCCAUCCACCCAGAUUAUCUACUCAGGAACACAAUCCUGCAGGACAUGAAGAAAAAUGGCGUGGAGCUAAGCGACGAAGGCAAAUGCAGCGUCGCCUUGGGGCUGCUGCGUGACAUGCAGGACGAGAUGGCCUUGGAGUACUGGGAUCAAAUGCAUCGCGAUGGGACGAAUAUACCCAACUGGGUAUUUGAGAUCUUCGUUUAUGUCCUAGGGAUGCGCGGAUACGUGGAUGAAGCAUUCCGACUGUUUCGCAGGGUACAGGAGGGGGCCAAUGACAGCCUCAAGGCGGCACCUCUUCGCGUCUGGUUCUACCUACUCGACGAAUGCAGCAGGAACUUUCAUCAUGAAGGGACUACGUUCAUAUGGGAGAAGAUGGUUGAGCCGGGGACGUUGAGUCCACCCGACGGGAUUUGCCUCAACGUGUUGAAUACCGCCUCCCGCCACGGCGACUCGAGGCUGGCAACCGCAGUCAUCCAGGUUCUCUCCGAGAGGCGUGUCAAGUUAGGCCUACACCAUUACGAAGCACUACUCGAAAGCUAUGUGCACGACGGGCAGCUGGAAAAGGCAUUCCGCGUGCUGUGCAUCAUGACGGGCGCUGGGGUUCGACCAGACCAAUCCAGCACCCGUUCCAUCUUUCUGAUGCUGAAGCGCGCCUCGGAGCGGGCAAAACAAGUCGUCGGCAUCCUCCAGAAACUGCGCAAAGAGCAUGAGCUCCCCGUGGCGGCUAUCAACGUGCUGCUUGAAGCUCUGGCGGAGACCACAACCAUCGAGGAAACGCUCGACAUGUACCGCCAGGUCUGCGAUCUCUGCCAAUCUGGGCCCAACCGGGAGACGUUCACCCUCUUACUGCAGAGGUGCAGUACUGCCGAGCCGGCGGUGUUUCUGGUAUCCGAGAUGGACCGCUUCUCGGUCCGGCCAUCGUCGACCAUCGUCGACAACCUAAUCCGAUGUUUCGCCUACGACGGCAACCUCGACAUCGCGCUUCUCUAUCUGUCGGGGAUGCAGCGGUCCGACUCCCCGAUGUGGGUCAGCAGGCGCACUCUGUUGACAGUGUUGCAGCGUUGCUACAAGGAAAAGGACCCGAGGGUGUGGAGUGUUGUGGACGAGGCGAAGAAGAGAGGGGUGACGAUUGAGAAGAAGGUGAUGGACAGGCUAAAUGAAAUUCUGCCUGUUGCAGGCGAGAGUGGAUAG